AUUUUGCGUGUUGUUUUUAUGAGAAAUCCAUCAUGGCAAUGCAUGCGAAAGCUACACCGCCACAGAUUCCCGACACACGUCGGGAAUUAUCAGAACUUGUGAAGAGAAAACAAGAACUAGCGGAAACUUUGGUAAACCUGGAGCGGCAGAUCUAUGCAUUUGAGGGGAGCUACCUGGAGGACACUCAAAUGUAUGGGAACAUUAUUAGAGGCUGGGACCGCUACCUCACCAAUCAAAAGAAUUCCAAUAGCAAGACUGACAGAAGAAACAGGAAGUUCAAGGAGGCCGAAAGGCUUUUCAGCAAGUCGUCUGUCACUUCUGUGGCUGCUGUCUGUGCGCUUGGGGGCAUCCCAGAUCAUAUGAAUGAGAAACGUGAGCCAGGCAGCGGAACCGAAAGUGACACCUCCCCGGACCUCCAAAACCAGGAGAACGAGCCCAGUCAGGAGGACACGGAGGACGGUGACGGGGCGGCCCAGGACCUGAAGCCCCAGAAAGCCGCCUCCUCUUCCUCUGGCAGUCACCACGGCAGCCACAAGAAGCGCAAAAACAAGAACAGACACAGUCCCUCUGCCAUGUUUGAUUAUGACUUCGAGUUCGACAUGAAGAUGAAUAAGAAGCCCCGCGCGGACUACUCGGCCUGAGGGGUUCCUGGAGGAACAGACAACAGAUCACACAAGGAACACUCCAGAACUCCACACACGCAGCAAACAGUGUACUUGUGCUGAAUUAUUGUUUCUUUAUCUUUUUGUUUCUUUUUUUUUUUCUUUUUCUCCUCUCGUUUUGAAAGGAGUAGGGGUCGCCUGCUCCUAGCAAACAGUGUAAAGAUCGCUUGUGUUUGUGUUGCAUAGAAGAGACGUCUUCUUGGUUUGCUCAUUCAUGUCAUAUUAUCCGUUUGUGAUCUGAGCGAAGGCCAUAGGAUCGCCUUUGUGAUGGGAAGGUCUUUGAAAAGCUUUGUACAGAGAGUUUGUCCGUUGUGCAUGUUUCAGUUGACUCAAGGCAGGAACACUAAGCAUGCACUUUGUAUUUUUUUGUCAUACCAUUAGGUGUUUUUUUUUCUUUCAUAGUAUUUUUCAUUUGUUUUUUUUUUACUGUUUAGAUUUUUUUUUAGAGAACUUGUAUACUUUUUUUUUUUUUUCUUAACGUGGGUUUGAAAUUAUUCCUUGUGACUUAAUUUUGUCAUUGUGGAUAUUAUUUUUUACCAUGUUUUGUUUUUGCAUAAAAGUGUAAAAUUGUAAAAGUGUAAUAAAUUUCAGAACGUCA